AUACGGUCUUCAUCAAAUUUAGGAUUUAACAUUCAUAAACUCUUUAUUAAUCUAGAAAAAGAAAGAAAAAUCUAGAAAAAGAAAGUUAGGUCGGAAUCCAGUCCUUAAGGAUCUUCUGACAUGGAAUACAAUUACCUCGGUCGCUCAGGACUUCGUGUGUCCAAUAUUUGUUUGGGGACUAUGACGUUCGGUCAUCAACAGAUAGGGAAGUUAGACAAGGAUGCCUCACAUAAAGUUCUCGACCGGUUUGCUGCUCUCGGAGGAAAUUUUAUUGAUACUGCAAACUUGUAUUCUAAAGGGGUUUCUGAGGGUAUCAUUGGCGAGUGGUUGGUGAAACAGAAAAGGGAGAAUUUUGUGAUAGCCACAAAAGUUGGGUUUGAUAUGGGAGAGGAUGUGAAUAAUGUCGGGUUAGGAAGAAAACACAUCAUGCAGAGCUGUGACGCCAGUCUUAAAAGUCUUCAGACAGACUACAUAGAUCUCUAUCAGGUGCACGUUUGGGACAAUGCUACACCUCCCGAGGAGUGGCUAAGGGCGCUCAACGAUCUGGUAACAUCCGGUAAGGUGCGAUACAUCGGGGUGUCUAAUCUUUGUGGCUGGCAGCUUCAGAAAGUGGUGGAUCUCUGCAAGUCGGAAAAUUACUCACCAAUAAUCAGUCUCCAGCAACAAUACAGUUUACUUUGUCGGCAUCCGGAGUUUGAAGAAUUUCAAGUCUGUAAAAACGAGGGUCUUGGUGUGCUACCUUGGAGUCCAUUAAAAGGUGGAAUGUUGACGGGUAAAUACAAACGUGGGGUACGGCCAAAAGUAGGAGAUGGACGAAUCGGGCUUGUUGCUGGGGACAAGUUCAAGGCAAUGCAGAUUGCCCCCGCUUGGAGUCAAUAUGACGAAAAUGAAGGUUUCUGGAAACUACUGGAAGCCAUGGAGAAUAUUGCUAAAGAACAUGGUAAGACCAUACCUCAGGUGGCUAUCCGGUGGCUACUUCAGAAGGACGUGGUUCCAUCUGUCGUCAUCGGAGCCAACUCAAUUGAGCAACUAGAAGACAAUAUUGGGGCGGCUAAUAACUGGAAACUCUCAAAAGAAGAGAUGGACGAGCUAGACACCCUCUCUAAGCCAGAAACCCCGUAUCCAUACGAGGUGUUAUAUCGCAUUAACAUCAACAGAAAGAAUUCCUUCUACCCUUAUCCAUUUGUGGAGAGAAAAUGAACAUUUACAUGUACAUAUAUCACGCAAAUGAAGAAAUAUGAGCAACUUAAUUAAUAUAGCCUUAAUUAAUAGUUACAUGUAGUUAUAGAAGUAAGCUCUGGAACGAAUCGAGAUUAUAAUGCGAAACCAGAAAAUGAAGAUUUUAUUACAUAUUUUUAUAUGCAUUUGUACCAAACCCAUCAAUUAAACAGAAUGUCAAAUUUGUCUUCUUUUUCUCUUAAAAGGUUUCACAUUCUAUUAAAACGUGCAUGUACAUGUAUUCUUCGCUUAUUAUUUUGAUUUCUUAAAAGUUAUAUUCACAUUUAGAGGCUUCAAAAGUAAGUGAAUGUUGAAUAAA